UAGUAUUUUUUUUUUUUUGUUCGUUCAAAAUUUUGGUUUAAACGAACAACCAUUCUUUGGAGUUCACUUCUUCUGAAAUUCAACUCAAGAAAUCCGCCAAAUUGCAAGCCACAAUUUCAGAAAAAUAGCUAGAUUCGGGCAACAAGAAAUGAUCUAACUCUAAUCUUAAAGUUCAAUUUGAAAGGAGGAAAAACAGGAAGAAGAAGUAAAAAUGGUGCUUUUCAAGGGGAAAACUGUUUCUGGGCAAACCAAGUUUACAGAAGGUUCUGGACUUAGUAAGAAUGUUGCUACAAGCAAAUUUAAGGUUUAUUCGGAUAGGCCGAAAGUUAAUGGCAGAAGUAGCAAUGAAGCUGAUGCUAAAUUUUCAAGGACAUCCCUUGCAUCAAAGAAGGGGUUUACACUGUCAAGUAACACUGUUACUAAGACAAAGAUCAGUCUAAGUGGUGCUGAGGUGACUAAAGGCAGCCAUGACACUCUUGACAAGGCAAAGGUUGGAAGAAAAGCAUUAUCUGAUGUCAGCAAUACACGGGGGCAAUCAUCUAGGUUUGAUAAACCUAGUGGUUUGAGGAGUUCAGUUGCUUUUGGCACUCUUACAAAUACUGCUUCGUCUUGUCGAUAUGUAGUGGAAAAUUUGAAGGGAAACUUAACUCGUGGUGUUGCAGUCUCAGAUACCUCCGUAAGAGCUAGCACCAAACCUCUGAGAACAUCUUCAAAUUUUCAAAGGGUCCAACUGAAUGAACCUAUGGAAAACAGAACAAGGCAGAUUUGUAAGAGUAGUAAUACAAUUAUAAGGAAGUCCUUUCCAGUAAUGAAGAAAGCUAAUCAAUUGGAUUCCAGUGACAUACAGGAAGGUAAAAGGAGUGAGGAGAAGUCUACAAGAAAAAUUGGCUUCCCAUUAAAAGCAAGAGUAGGUGGAAAAUUAGUUCCCCAAAUGAGCUAUCUCAAUGGCAAAGUUUCAAAGGAAAAAGUGAAUGACAGCAUCAAACUAAGGGCCCAGAGAGUUCAGACAAACAAGGAUGCUCCUGGAGGGUUAAGGAAAUCACUCAAGCCAAUUUCAAGAACCAGUUUACAAAUUUCCAUUGACCAAAAGAAGUUAAAAUCCAAGAGCAUCUGUAAUUUGGACAAAUCUCUUGGUGUGGCAUCUACCAGAAGGGUGAAAGUAGCCACUUUUUCUGUUGCAAAAACCUUGAAGCCUGCAGGUUCCUGUGAAGAAGUUGCUGCCAGAGGAGCUCCAGAAAAAGGCAGUGACAAUACGGAACCACAGUCAUCGGAGACUACUGCCAACACAAAAUUUGGUCGCAGGAAAUCAUACACAUCUUCGCUAAUAUCAAGAUCAAAGCUACUAAAAUUGAGCAAUGAAGUCAGAGAACAUGAAUUGUUGCCGAGUAUUGAUGAUGAGGGUAAUCCUCUAGAAGUUGCAGAAUAUGUUGAUGACAUAUAUGAGUAUUAUUGGAUAAUGGAGGCGCAGAGUACGCUGCCGGAAAAUUAUAUGAUGAUUCAAACAGAUGUCACUCCACAGAUGCGGGGUUUAUUGGUUAAUUGGCUUAUAGAGGUACACUUGAAAUUUGAUCUGAUGCCAGAAACGCUUUACCUCACAGUAACCCUGCUGGAUAGAUAUCUCUCUGUAGUUACAAUAAAGAAAAAAGAAUUGCAGUUGGUUGGUCUUGCAUCGCUCUUGCUUGCAUCAAAGUAUGAGGAUUUCUGGCAUCCAAGGGUCAAAGACUUGAUCAGCAUCUCAGCAGAGUCAUACACCCGAAAGCAAAUGCUUGAAAUGGAAAAGAGCAUUCUCAAGAAGCUGAAAUUUCGGUUGAAUUUGCCAACAGCAUAUGUCUUCAUGCUAAGGUUCCUCAAGGCUUCUCAGUCAGACAAAAGGCAUGAACAUCUCUCAUUUUACCUCAUCGAGUUGUGCUUGGUAAAAUAUGAAACCUUGAGGUUUAGACCAUCAUUGUUAUGUGCUUCAGCUGUGUAUGUUGCCCGUUGUACCCUAAAUGAAGUUCCAGCAUGGACCUCAUUGCUUGAAAAGCAUACACGCCAUGGGAAGUCUCAGAUUAGGGAUUGUGCAGAGAUGAUCCUGCAAAUCCACAAAGCUGCAAGUACAGGUCUUCUGAAGGUGACUUAUGACAAGUACAUGCAGCCUGAGUUUGGCGGUGUUGCAGAUGUCAGGCCUUUGGACAAUCUUCCUCUUUGAAGCCUCUUUGCACCUCCUGUAGUUUUAAUUGGGCGGUGUAGUUUGUUCGUCUCAUUUUUGUUUGUGCUGCAUUAAGGUUUCUGAUUCCAUAUCAGAAUUUUGUGUAUAAAAUAUCAUGUGCUCCUUUACAUACGCAGUACAUCAAUUAUUGAGGCGUUGUGCAGUAGGCUGGUCAGCUGGUGUUUGUAAAAUGGUGUAAACUUGCUUCCUUAGUUCUUUAUCUACGUAUAUCUUCAGCUCUGACGAGUGAUACAGCCAAUUAUACAAGUUUUCCACACAACUGAAUCUGUGUUUUCUUUGA